AUGCAGAAACCAUCGAGCAAAAAUAUGCUGAUGCAGACAAAAAUUAACACAGUUGAAGAUUUGAAGCUAGUGUAUCCUGAUUGCUUUGAUAAAAUUGGAUGUUUCCAUGGGGAAGAAAAAUUGCAUUUAAAAAAAGAUGCUGAACCAUUUAUUGAUCCUCCAAGAAGAGUGCCAAUACAUCUGCGUGACAAAAUAAAAGCAGAACUUGAUAAAAUGGAAAAGAUGGGAAUCAUCAGAAAAGUCACCCAGUACACAGACUGGUGUUCAUCACUCACUUAUGCAGUGAAACAAGAUGGAAGUCUUAGAAUGUGUUUAGACCCCAGAAAGCUUAACCAGGCUUUAAAAAGAUUUCCACACAAAAUUCCAACAAUAGAGGAAGUUACUCCUGAAUUCACAAAAUCCAAAUAUUUCACAAAACUGGAUGCAAAAGCUGGAUACUGGAGCAUCAAACUUGCACCUACUUCACAAAAAUUAACAACAUUUAGAACUAUGUGUGGACGAUUUUGCUUUCUUCGACUACCAUUUGGUUUGAAUGUAAGCCAAGAUUUAUUCCAGAAAAGAAUGGAUGCAAUAAUUGAACAAUGUGAAGGAUGUGUUGGAAUAUCUGAUGAUAUUGUUAUUCACGGUUCAACUGAGGCCGAACAUGACAAACGAUUAGCGCACUUCAUGGAAGUGGCACGAAAAGAAGGUCUGAUAAUAUACACCGAUAAAGGAGUGUUUUCAGAUCCUAAAAAAGUAGAGGACAUUAUAGAAAUGCCAACUCCACGAGAUAAACAAGAGCUACAAAAAUUCAUGGGAAUGGCAACAUUUCUGGCAUGUCAUUUGCCGAAUUUAUCUGAGAAAUCUGCAAUACUCAGAGACUUAUUGAAGAAAGAUAUUUCAUUUCAAUGGGAUAGAGAUCAUCAAAAAGUAUUUGAUGAAGUAAAAGAAAUGGUCGCGUCGAACUUUGGAUUGCAAUACUAUGAUCCAAAAUUGCCAGUGAAUUUGGAAACUGAUGGAUCCAUGAGAGGACUUGGAGCAGCACUUGUACAGAAGCAUGGAGCUGUAGCAUUUGCAAGUAAAUCCUUGUCAAAUACUCAAUCUAAUUACAGCAAUAUUGAACGAGAAUGCUUAGCAGUGGUUCAUGGUAUCCAGAGAUUUCACCACUAUCUUUAUGGCAAAGAUUUUACUGUAAUAACUGACCAUAAGCCAUUGGAAAUGAUUUUUAAAAAGCCAAUUCAUUCUGCACCACCAAGACUGCAAAGGAUGAUAACGAAAAUCCAAGGAUAUGAUUUUGUGGUAAAAUAUCGUCCAGGUAAAGAGAUGAUACUUGCAGAUACGCUAUCAAGGUUGCCAAACACUAAAAAAAGUGAUGAUAUUGAACUUGACAGCAGAAUAGAGAGUAUCAUAUGCGAAUCUUUAAAUGUGGAAAUUGAUAUGUUGAAUUUUUCAUUUAACAAGCAAGCUCAGAUCCGAGAAGAAACUCUUUGUGAUCCUGUUUUAAAAUCCUUAUGUCAGAUGAUUUAUGAAGGAUGGCCUGAUGAGAUAAAAGAAGUACCAAGUGCAUUAAGAGACUUUUGGAACUUCAGAGAUGAAUUAGCCAUUGAAAAUGGUAUUAUAUUUAAGGGUAAGCAAGUACUUAUUCCAGAACCUAUCCGAUUGUCAAUUUUGCAACAAUUGCACCAUGGUCAUCAAGGUAUUGAGAAAACUCGUAGACUUGCACGAGAUUGCGUAUAUUGGCCAAGAAUAUAUAAAGAUAUUGAAAAUAUUUGCAAGUCAUGUGAAUAUUGUCAAGAACUACAACCACAGCAAACAAAAGAACCAAUGAUCAUGCACGAACGACCAUCACAUCCAUGGGUCAAGCUUGGUUCGGACUUGUUCGAAAUCCAAGGUAGAAACUUCUUGAUAAUUUCUGAUUACUACAGCAGGUACCCUGUUGUAAAAGAAUUAAAUUCAAUGACAGCAGAAUAUGUGGUUUCCAAAACCAAAGAAAUAUUGUCCAUGUUUGGAACUGUGAGAGAGAUUGUGACAGACAAUGGACCGUGUUUUUUAAGCAAAUAUGAUAAAUUUUGUGAAGCGUGGGGAAUUACUCAUACAACCAGUACAGCUAGACACCCACAGAGCAAUGGUUUUAUCGAACGACAAAUUCGAUAUAUUAAACCCAUUAUGAAAAAGUGUAUCAAAUCCGGAGGAGAUAUAGAUGCAGCACUUUUAAAUGUUCGUGCAACACCGAUUGACAAUGUAUUACCAAGCCCAGCAGAACUUCUGUUUGGAAGAGGAAUUUCUACAUUAUUGCCUUGUCAUUCAGACAAUACUGUUCCACAAAUUUACAAAAACAGAGUGAAACAUAAUACCGAUAUACAAAAGCAAUAUGCUGAUCAACACACAAAAAAUUUACCGCCUUUUCACAAUGGACAAGAUGUGAGAGUGUUUGAUAAAGCAAAAGAUAUGUGGAUUCCUGCAAAAGUGAUUUCAAAGAAGAAUGAUCGUUCAUACAACAUCGAAAUGAGCAAUGGAAAUCAGCUGAAACGCAACAGAAUUCAUUUGCGUGAAAGCUUGCCAGCUUCACCAUAUGUGGAAUCUUCGAGCACAACCAAUGUUGAGAACAAUACACCAGCAACACCUUUGAUGGAAAGAGAGGAGAAUGUAUUCAAAUGGACCUCGCCUAAACCAUCAAAUACUAAAGAACGUUCAAACUCGACCAACAAACAAGAGAUUGCUGAUAAGCCACACAGCAGUAAUCAGUCUGAGGGAAGUUUAAAAAUUCCAGCCCAGACCCGAUCAAGCAAGAACCGACAAUAA